GAGAGAGAGAGAGAGAGAGAGAGAGAGAGACACACAGACACAGACACAGACACAGACAUAGUUAUACCGUGUAAAAACUCCGUCAUGUUUAUAUUGAGCCCCAGACUGUUUAAACUCCGUACAUUAGCUGUUAUAACGCAGCGCUCGUGCAGCAGCACCAACAAGCAGCCGGUGGUGUUUAUGGAGCUCGCGGCGGAUACUGAACCUCUGGGUAGAGUCACCUUCCAGCUGAACUCAGACACGGUUCCAAAAACAGCAGAGAAUUUCCGAGCUCUGUGUACAGGAGAACACGGUUUUGGAUACAAAGGCUCCAUCUUCCACAGAGUCAUACCACAGUUCAUGUGUCAGGGUGGUGAUUUUACCCAUCAUAAUGGUACAGGAGGGAAGUCAAUCUACGGCACACGUUUUCCUGAUGAGAACUUUACACUGAAACACACAGGGCCUGGUAUUCUGUCUAUGGCCAAUGCAGGACCAAACACCAACGGCUCCCAGUUCUUCAUCUGCACUGUAAAAGCUGAAUGGUUGGAUGGGAAGCACGUGGUGUUCGGUAGUGUGAAGGAGGGGAUGGAGGUGGUGAAGAAGGUGGAGGCGUUCGGCUCUCGCUCUGGGAAAACCUCCAAAAGAAUCAUUAUCUCUGACUGUGGAGAAAUCAAAUAACACACACACACACACACACACACACACACACACACACACACAGUAAGAACACCUCAGCACCAGGACUCACAACACACCCUUUUUCAUUUCCUCUUCUAUAGGCCCUUCUCUCUGCCCCUUACUUCUGCCUGCUACUUCCUGUUCAUGUAAAAUCUGACGAUUAAAGAUGACUGACCUGUUUAUUCUGCUAAAGCUAGCUAGCUAACAUUAAAGAACAUCUACUAGCUAGCUAACGGUGAAAUUAUCUCUAAACGUAAUAUUAGCUAGCUAAUAGAAUAGCCAUCGGAUACUCUGCUUUGGGGAUCGUCUUUAUUCUCUCGACCAGUUUUGUGUCUAAUUUAUACAAAAUAUUCCCCAAAUAAAACUAGCUGGCUAGCUUUAGAUUUGACCUCUACAUAGAAUUCGGUAGCUAGUGUUAAUAAACGGAGGAUUUGUAUUAAAACAUGGGGUCACGUCGAGAGUUAAGAGCAAGAAACAAAUUAGUGUUUAACUGACUGCAAUAAUUAAGCCUGUGAAUUCUGAAUCUGAGCCAAAUCUGGAUUAAAUAAACUGGAUUAGUUAAACCUGGAUCAGUGACGUGUUCAGGUCCAGAGUGUCUUCGUUAAUGUGAACGUUGUGUAUUCGUGUUUCUGGAAGCCGAUCCUCAGGGAGUCACCUGUUUCAGCUCCUCACACACCUGUCCUGGUGGGCGGAGCUCUGAGCGAGACGCAUUUAAAUAAAACAUUUCAUCACGUUGUAAA